AGCAUUUUCAAGCAUUUUAGAGAACAAGUUACUUUCUCUUUUCCUUCGGUUCUUUGUUCUUAGUUCCACCUUUCAGCAUAAGAAUUGAUCAGAUCAUAGACAGUCUGGAUGGAUUAACUCUGUUAGGUCGACACGAUGAUUUAAAUCUUGCAUUUUUAAAUUUUCAUUUUUAGAUUGCUAUCAUUCCUGUACUGUAGUGUUUCACCUGCCUGCCAGGUCAAGAUUCCUGUGUGACGUUGGUGUUUAUCACAUCUAAACAAGUAUAAAUAUACUGGACGCUGUUUUUUUUAAAGACUCUGCAAAUACACUGUGCUACAAAAUCUGCUCAAAGUUUUUGUAAACAGAGAUGGUUUCACCGGUUGUAGUGGCUGUAUUUCUCCUUUGGGGAACAAUCUUUCAACCACCCCAUGCUGGUGCAUUUAAAAUCUUUUGGUCUGAUGCCUCCCUCAGUCAUCAAGAAAUCACAGAAGCGGCAAUCCUCCUCAAGACGGCAGAAGUGUGUCGUGACAUAGCCAAAGCCCAGGGCAAAGACUUUACACUACCUGUCAACAACAAACUAACUGCAGAUAUUGUACAAAAAGCCUGCUCGCUUUCAAAUUCUGCCCUAUCAGCAUCAGUCAACUUCAAGUUGACAAUUUUUCUGAUUUGUCAGUACAAUAGAGCUGUGGACAGAAAACAGUUCAGUGAAGCACAUCAUUUUGAUAAUGAGGCUUUCAGCAGUGGACGGGACCUCAUCACCCAGGGCAUAACCAAAGUGAAAGUCAGUCUGAAAGAAGGAAACUACAUAUCUGCCCAAAAAAGCCUGGGGACUCUAACACAUACUUUACAGGAUUUCUAUAGUCAUAGUAACUGGAUAGAGCUGGGAUCCACUAAUCCUUAUAGCACCCUGAUCAAACCGAAUGAAACUCUCAGCAACAUAGCAGACCCAAAAACAGCGACAUGCAAAAGCUGUGUAGAUGGCAACUGCACUGAUAACAUUCUCUCAGAAGUCCUGCAGCAGAAGAUAUUAACUUCUGGAUAUUUCAGCGCUAUCCCUGGAUAUACAUACAAACCUGCAGGCAAAUGUAGCCAUGGUAGCUCCUUUGAUCAAACCAGCAAAAAAGAUCCCACUGGAGGCAUCAAUAAGGAUGACGUCAACUCAGAGCAUGGCUUCCUUCACCUUAAAGCUGCAAACAUGGCCAUCAAUGCUACCAUGGAGCUACUGGAAGACAUUAGAAAGGCUGCGGGAGAAACAGCCUUUCUUCGGUUGUUGGGCCUCAGUCGUACCAUAGUGCUGGUUUUUGUGAUUGACAUCACAGGCAGUAUGUCUAAUGACAUCGCUGAAAUCAAGAAAGUGUCCAUCAAUAUGAUAGAUAGCAGGAAAGGAACAUCAGAAGAACCUACAGAUUACAUGCUAAUAACAUUUGAUGACACAGGUGUCCAACUGACAAGGAUUGGCGAUAUUGAUAAGUUCAAAGAGAAAAUCAAUUCACUUUCAGCAUCUGGUGGGGGAGACUUUCCAGGGAUGUGCUUAUCAGGACUGCUGAUGGCAUUAACAAGAGCUCCAUCAUCAUCAGACAUUUUUGUUUUCACGGAUGGUUCAGCAAAGGACCCUGAAUUAAAAAGCACCGUCGAAGCCAUGAUAGAAAGCACUGAAUCCAUAAUCACUUUCCUGUUGCCCACCUCCAUCUCAUCACGUGGAGACUCCCAGAAUUCCUCAUCAAGUCAGAUGACUCAAUCAGAACUGCAGUUGUACAGAGACCUGGCCUAUGUCUCCGGUGGACAAACCUUAGAAGUCACAAACACUACGCUUUCGGAGGCCUCUACAGCCAUUACGGAUACAUUUACCUCUGGCCAGGUCACAGUUCUUCAGGUGGCAAGAAGUGCGGGAAAUGCAGGAAACUUUUCUUUUCUGUUGGAUUCAUCUUUGUCUAACGUGACUGUUUACAUCACUGGGGAUUCGACUGUUUUUACCAUCAACAGCCCCACAGGUGUGUCUCAGUCAUAUUCAAUGAUAGAUGGCAGCCUUGGUAGCAUUCAGACUGUGGGGAAUCUAAAGAAAAUAAAACUCAAGUCUGACAACCAGACAGGGGAAUGGAGCAUCAGUGUUAACUCCACAAGCUCCUACACCCUGAAAGUCAUUGGUCAGAGUUCUGUGGACAUCCUCUUUUACUUUGUGGAGAUGAGUCUGGGAGGUCAUGGAGACUCUUGGGGACAGAUCUUUACUCGCCCUUCUAUUGGUCAGAAUGCCACCCUGUCUCUCUCUUUGUCUGGAGGUGAAUCGGCCACAGUGACUGAUGUACAACUAGUUGAUGCUUCAGGAUCCAGUGUUGUUAAUGGAAACGUUACAUUAGUGGGUGGAACAGACUACCUGGUUAGCCUAAACAGAAUCCCAGAGGGUGAAUUUGGGCUCCUACUUAAAGGGCUGUUGAAUAGCUCAUUGCCAUCUACUCGAUUCCAAAGGCAAUCAUCCAUUUAUCAUAAAGGAUCAAGAAUAGCUCUCACGGUUGAUACACAGACCACUACAAUUUCUGGAGUUUCUUUCAGUUUCAACUUUACCGUGGCCACUAAUACUACAGCAGGUAACUACACUAUCCGAGCCAGGACAAGCAACGGAUUCACUGUGACUGUCCCCAGUUCCCUGAAUGUGUCGACAGGAGGAAGUGUUCAGGGGACAGGAACGCUGACCGUGCCCUCCAACACAGAGUCUGGGACUGAUGUUACACUCAUUGUUGAGGCAGAAGCUCCAGGGUCCACUGAUCUGAAUUAUGCCACAGUUCGACUCACUGCCUCAGCUACAAGCAUAAAGUUCAGUGGCUGGAUGUCCUUUUCCAUGUUUCUGUCUCUCAUUGGCUUAUUCAUUUCUCUUUUGCUUUGCUGUCCUUGUUUGUUUUGUACUGAUUGCGAAGACUCUGUUUUUCCAAGUCAAGACCUGUGCUUGUGGACCAUCAUGAUGUUGCUGAUAUUUUUGGCUGUAUUUCUCAUCAGGGGGGCCUUUCAGCCCCCCUGGGCAACAGCUUUCAAACCCUUUACUUCUGAGGGCUCCCUAACCCAUCGACAAAUCACUGAGAUUGCCAUUCUCCGCAAGACUGCAGAAGUGUGCCGUGAUGUAGCCAUUGCUGAGGGGCAAGACUUCAAGCUAACCAUUGACGACACCCUGACUUUAUUUGCUGUUCAGCAAGCCUGCUCAAGAUUACAUUCUGUCUACUCCACACAUGGCUUUCAAUCAGCUAUUGCCAGUACUUCUUAUUCUAAUGCUCUUGUGGACAUAGAUCAAAUCCAUCCUGAACGGCACUGUGAUGCUGAGACAAUCAGGGAAGCGCAGAAGCUUAUUACUCAAGGCCUGAAAUCAGUGAAAACUGACAUAGAUGAGGAAAGCUAUGUUUUUGCCCGCAUCAGUUUGGGGAUAAUAUGUCAUACUUUACAGGAUUUCUACAGCCACAGUAACUGGGUGGAACUAGAUAAAAGUGUUCCUUUCAGCAAACUCAUUGAUGGGGACAAAAUAAUCGACAACAUAGCAGAUACCAACACAAGAACAUGCAGAAACUGCAAUGGAAAUAACUGCAGUGAUAAUAUUCUCCCAGAGUUAAAAGAAAAGAACCUCCUAACUUCAGGAUAUUUCAGCAUGAUUUCCUCAUCCAAACCUGAAGGCAAGUGUAGCCACGGUGGCAAAUUUGACAAGACCAGUUUUAAAGAACCUACUGGAGGUAUCAAUAAAGAUGAGAUCACCUCAAGUCAUGGCAUCUAUCACCAACGUGCUGCAGAGAUGGCCAUCAGAGCCACCAUGGAAUUGCUGGAAGACAUUCGACUGGCCAAAGGCAACCAGGCAUUUCUUCAAUUGGUGGGGAUGAACAAGACGUCAGUGCUGGCUUUUGUUAUUGACACCACAGGCAGUAUGUUUGGUGACAUCGAAGAGGCAAAGAGAGUGUCCUUUAACAUUAUUGACAGCAGGAUAGCAUCAGCAGAGAAACCUUCAGAAUAUAUCCUAGUUCCAUUUAAUGACCCAGAUUCUGGACCACUGAUAAGGACUCGAAAUGCAGAGUAUUUCAAAGAAAAAAUCAGCUUGCUCACAGCUCAUGACGGAGGAGAUAAACCAGAAAUGUCCUUAUCGGGACUCCAGAUGGCACUUGCAGGAGCUCCUCCAUCUUCAGACAUUUAUGUGUUUACUGAUGCUGGAGCCAAAGACUUUCAAUUAAAAAGCACAAUUCGAGCCAUGAUAGAAAAUACCAAGUCAAGAGUACAUUUUAUGCUGACAAAAACCUUUUCACUCCACAAAAGAAGGCACGUCUCACAAUCUCAGCGUUCCUCAACAAGAAUGUCUCAGCCAGAAAUACAGCUGUACAGAGACUUGGCAGAUGUUUCUGGUGGACAUGUCAUAGAGUUCACCAAGAGUACAUUGUCUCAGGCCACAGCCUUCAUUACUGAAUCAUCUGCCUCUGCUCUGGUGACUGUUCUUCAGGUAAUGAGAAAUCCAGCAAAGGCAGAAAACUUUUCUUUUGUCCUGGAUUCAUCCCUGUCCAAUGUGACUAUGUAUAUCACAGGUGUCUCUCCAGUCUUUACCCUCUACAACCCAACAGGUGCGUCUCAGUCAGAAUCAGUGACAGAUGGUCCUCUAGGUAGCAUUCAGACUGUGGGGAAUCUAUGGAGAAUUAAACUCAACUCAGAGAAUCAGAACGGGGUAUGGAGCAUCAGUAUUAACUCUGCAAGCCCCUACACCAUUAAAAUCAUUGGUCAGAGUUCUUUCGACUUCCUCUUUAACUUUGUGGGAUCUGAAGGAUUUCACGGGGACUUUGUGCCAAAAGACAAUCGCCCUAUUAGUGGUGGAAAUGGCACCUUGUUUCUCUCUGUGACUGGAGGUGAAUUGAUCACAGUGACUGACUUAAUUCUAGUUGAAGCUUCAGGGUCGAAUACUGUCAAUGGAACCAUACAAUCAUUGGGUGGGUCAGACUACCUGAUAUACUUACAAAGAAUCCCAGAAUGGCCAUUUGUAGUACAAAUAAAAGGUCUGAUGAAUGAUCUUAAUGGAUCCUCACUUGGCCAAUUCCAGAGACAGUCAUCCAUUCAACACAGAGGCUCUAACAUUAAAAUCACGGCCGAAUCACAGAGCACUUUACAGGCUGGAAUCCCUCUGAAUGUCAACUUUACAUUAACCAAUAAUGGAAGUGCAGGCAUCUACACCAUACGUGCCAGGAAUAAUCGUGGUUUCAACGUCUCUGUCCCCAGUUCCCUGAGUGUGGAGGCAGGAGGAAGCACUCGGGGAACCGCAACACUGAUCACGCCCUCCAACACAGUGUCUGGGACUGAUGUCACUCUCAUCAUUGAGGCAGAAGAUCCAGAAUCCACUGACCUGAAUUAUGUGACUCUGCGACUCACCGUCAUGGCUGAGAUAACUGAUGUCUCUAAACCUGUGUGUGAAAUAGUGAGCAUUAAAGCUGACUGCCCUGUGGUGUGCAGCAAUGCAUCAUGGGAACUCUCUGCAAACCUGACGGAUGGUAACGGCACAGGCAUAGCCAAAGUGUUCAUAAACAUCGGCAAUGGCUCUCUCAUUACAAGUCAACUAAUAAGUGAGAAUGGCACUAAUGUGACCGUAGCUUUCUACAAUGCUUCAUGCUGUUCUCAGGAGGUGCAGGUAGUGGCUGUGGAUGGGGUGGGAAAUGUGGGUACAUGUUUCACUUCUAUUAAGAAGAAAAUCCCACCACAGCAAUACCCACCACAAAUACCACAGUAAUGCCUCCCACAAAAACUACAAAAAGCCCUCUGUUGCCGCCACAUAGACUUUGUGUCAUUAUUGGAGUAUAUUUUGCUUUUCAUUUCAGUUGUUUUCUUUAUAUGGUAAAGGAAAUGUAAAGGCCCAUACUGGAUAUUAAGAUAUAGGGUUAACAUGCUGAGUAAACAUACUGUAGAUGUUUAUUCUGUCUGUCUGUCAUGCUUAGAUCUAAGAGCACUGGCUGUUAUUGUAUGACAUUGAUGUAAUUCUGUGUUUAAAAUGUUACCCAUGCAUCUAACGUACAAUAAUGACUAAUUUUUGCUUUAUGAUCAUUCAAAGAGGAGCCUCUCUGUAUUUUUCGAAUGAAUAUGUCUUUGUAAAUUAAGAAAUGAUAGGCCUAUACGUAGAGUAAAAUCAGUAGACCAAAACAUGAUAACAAUGAUUAAUAAAUAUAAUGAUCCGGCACUUUAACACCUGCUUGUCCAGUUGUGAAAAUGUUGCCAAAUAAAUCCACCUUGAUUAUCCCAAAUUUUUAUGAAAUAUAGUAUACUAAAACAUAUAGCUUUCCUUUAGCUCAACAGGAGCUCUUUAUGAGUCAAAUUGCAUGCUUACUAAAAACAACAUGGUUACUUACCUGUAUUAAGGUCUGUGCUAUGUCUUAAUAUCAUUGCAUAUAUUUGUUAUAAAAUUAAAUACACAUUUACAUUUUAAAAAUUAGAUUUAAAUUGACAUUUGUAUUGAAUCAAAUUUGCUUUUUGUUUGAAUACUGUAAAAAGCAGGCAAAAGCACGCACAUCAAUCUCAACUGAGUGCUUGACCAAAAAAGCGGAAUAAUAUUAGAAUGCAAAGUCAGCAACACCAAAGGUAACGUUUCGAUCAUGCAGGCUCUUCGAAGACUGUUCAUAUACUGUAACAAUUUCAGAAACCUCUGUUUGGUAACCUUGUUCUAAACUAGAAGUUUUAAACUUUAUGAUGUGAAAUACCUUUAAAUAUGAUAAGGGACCCCCAUCCUAAAAAAUAUUUAUCCAUUUAUAUUUUAUGUAUAAAGAAUUAUCUGUGUUAGAUGUCUAUAAAUGUGGCAUGUGCGAUUUUAAAAAGACAACAUCAUUUUUCAAUCAUAAAUAACUACAGAUGUCUACAGUA